AUGACUAAGCCAUUAGAAUCCUUUUACUUGAUGAACGUAGCAUUAUAUCUUGAGGUUCAAGACUUUCUCCCGUUCAUCACUAUCAACUCGAAGUGUACAGAUCUUUUUUUCCACCUUCACAUCAAUCCAUACAAAUCUUCUAAAAUAGAUCCAACCGCCAAACAAUUUUUUCUCAAAAUCCUUUCCCAUAUUGAGACGUUAAAUUUAGACAUUUCGUACCUUCAAAAAGUGUCAGAGGAGACUGUCAACUUCCAAAAGAUCAAAUACCUUCGUUUAUAUAAAACAAAUCCUUACUACUUCAUGAGCGGGACGUCAAAACUUAUCACCCAAAAAAUAGAACGAACUCCAGCACGCCAAGGUGAACUCGAUUUCAUCUUAAAACACCCCGAGGACUUCAUUUCAGUCAAAUCCAUCAUCGUCGACGAUUUCUUUGUUGUCAACGACGCUCUCAGUGGCAUUCUCAAGCUCCCCAAUCUGAAGAACAUUGUCAUUUACGUGAUCAACGACGUCAACUUCAAGCGUCUUGAUGACAUCGUUGUCAAGUUAAGCCUCAAAGUCGACUUCGUCUUUUUUGUGCCGUCGCACAUUCUACGUAAGCUUGGCGCUAACAAUUCGUUUACUCGAAGAAUCAAAUUGUUUUGUAAUGAUAUUGGGGGGACUGAAUUUGGGGCUCAAAUCAUAUCGAAAGAUAAGGAGGUGAUUUAUAAUACAAAUGAGUCCAAUUUAACGAUUUCUGAUGCGGUUGCUUUGGCAGCAAAGAGUCUUCCAAGGUCUUUAGAAAUACGAGCGGGGGAUAAGACUUCUGGGAUAUUUAAAGUGUAUGACGUUCGCUCGUUAGUUGAGCUUCAGAAAUUAGUUUUGAAGUAUUUUGGGAAGGGGGAUAGACUAGUUUUUGAUACAUUAGAUGCUCUCUUUUUAGAUACCACUGGCAUUGAAAUACAGUGCAUUUCAUUAAGGAGUCUAUAUGUAUCAAACGUAGCAGAUUAUAAAUUCAAAUUCGAUGGAGACAUUAAAACGCUUGACGUACGUUCUUGUAAAAGAGUGGACUUCUCUAAUUUAGUGAUCAAGAAUGAACUGAACGUCAUUGAAGGUGCUGACUGUAUUUUCACUGUUUUGGACGAUAACACUAAAGUAAGAAAGAGUUCCCUUUGUUCAAUUAAAAAGAAAGAUGGCUCAUUUUACGUCGUUAAAACGGAAAGUUGA